UAGGGCGAGGAAGAAAAGGGUAAGUUUUGCGGGGAAAUUUCCGCGGUGUAGAGGAUGAUCGAGUGGGAAUGGAAUCUCUUCCUCGACGCCCCGAGCUGGAGAUCCAGAAGGUUGUUCUUGCAGCGAUCAGGGCUUCUACCAGGUCCAAAGAUUUGAAUCGGGGGAAGCAAAUCCAUGCCGCUGUGGCGGCGAGCUGCGAUCGCUUGGAAUCUCGCGUCGCCAGCAGCUUGAUCGCAAUGUACUCGCGAUGCGGCAGCGUGAUCGAGGCUAGAGCAGUGUUUGAUGACAUGGAUUCCCACGACGUGGUUUCCUGGACGGCUAUCAUACUUGGCUACGUCCAGAAUGGCGACGCACGAAUGGCUCUGGAGCUGUUCGAAAGAAUGCUAGCUCAAGGAGUGUGUGAUCCAGAUGCCCGGGUUUACGUCGUCGCGAUCAAAGCUUGCGCCCAUCUAGCCACGAAAGAAGAAGCCAUCGACGAUCUUCCGGGAAGAAUGGUGAAGUUACGAUCGCUGGAGAGAGGGAUGGCUCUCCAUUCUCAGCUCGCAAGGAAGAACUGGGACGUAAACAACGUCUUCGUGGCUUCCAGCUUGGUGACUUUGUAUCGCAAGUGUGGAGCGAUGGUGGAUGCUUGGAGAGUUUUCAAGAGGACGAUUGCCAGGGCUGAUGCUGCUAUGUGGAAUUCUCUCCUGCUCGGGUACGCAGAGAAUGGAGAGCCGCAAGUGACUUUGGAUUUGCUGCUGGCUGUGGGUGCCCCGGAUCGAGGAACUUAUGCUGCGGCACUCAAGGCUUGUUCUUACUUAGCAGCGAAAGAAGACGCUACCAAACUCGAUGGUUUCGCGGUAAAGCUUGAUGCUCUAGAGAAAGGCAUGGCUGUUCACUCGCAAGCUGGGAAGGAUGGCUUCAAGCUCGACGCUACUUUGGCCAACACUUUGAUAGAUACGUAUGCGAACUGUGGUGGACUUGUCGAUGCAAAGCGGGUUUUCGACAGGCUACCGGAUCGUGACACAGUUUCCUGGACAGCUCUGAUUCUCGGCUAUGCUGAAAAUGGAGAGAGCAAGGUGGCUUUGCAGCUGUUUGAGACGAUGCAACAGUCGGGUGGCUGCGUCUCAGAUCAUCGGGUUUUUAUUGCUGCAGCGAAGGCAUGCACUGAUCUUGCGGAGAAAGCUGAGGCCGGAGAAGUUGACAUGAAACUGGCGCUCGAGAUCGGCAUGGCGAUACAUUCUCGAGCCGGAAAGAGCGAAAGUGUGGAAGCAUGGUCGACGCUCGCCGGGUUUUUGAUGGAGUUUCUCAACAUACUGUGGUGCUCUGGAAUGGAUUGAUAUCGGGUUACGCGGAGAACGACGAAGAUGAUCGAACUUUUGUUGCUGCUGUCAAGGCUUGCACGAGUCUGUCGUCGAGUGAACAAGGCCGAGAAGUUGGAGGGAGUUUCGUGAAAGUGGCAUCACUGGAGAAAGGCAUGGC